CUGCUUGAAUUUCCCUCAACUGCUCGAUUAAUUUUUGUUCAGUCGGGCAAUAAAAAACGAGAGCCUGCUUUAAUUAAUAGGUCUAACGUGUAUUGGAGAGAAAAGAAGGACGGCGUGUGGACAACCCACCUGCUCGCCGGGAAGGCGCGCGUUACGCCGCUCAAACCGGUGUCCAUUCCGCGGUUAGAGCUUCAAGCCGCGCUGCUGGGGACAAGGCUGGCGCAGUCCGUCCUGGAAGAGUUAGACGUCGUACCGAAGAGGCGUACAUACUGGACGGACUCCAGCACCGUGCUAGCAUGGAUCCGGUCGGACCCUCGAACGUUUAAGCCAUUUGUGGCGCACAGGCUGGCCGGGAUCGAAGAUACGUCCCGACCGGACGAAUGGCGCUGGGUGCCCACCAGCCAGAACCCAGCAGACGACGCCACACGUAGCACCCCAAAGAAUUUCACCGCGAGACACCGGUGGUUUACGGGCCCCGAUUUCCUCGCGAAGGAGGAAGACAAGUGGCCAGAGCACCGAAGGUUCAAGACGUCCAUCACCGGGGAAGAGAAAGAAACGAAGCACCUCGUGGCCGUCGUUUCACCCAGCAGCCUUCCCACACCUGACCCUGUGAGAUUCUCCAGGUGGGUAAGGCUUCUACGGGCGACCGCGAGGGUGCUUCAAUUUGUGCAUCUGUGCCGCAAGGAAAAGGCUCUGAGAGCACGAUCCAGCGACCCGGUGUGCGCGAGGAGAAGUAAUGAGGGUCUACCCAGGCCCCGACGGGCAAACACGCGUGGUGGACAUACGCACCUCCACUGGCCUUCUGAAAGGGCCGAGUUCAAAAAUUAUAAGGCUGGUGAGCCAGCCUACCAUGGAAAACAAGAUCACCGAACAGCAACACGGUGGUCCAGAGCAGCAUCGCGUCGUCGGUCAAGAAGAUGGUGCGAAGCACGAGGGGGAGGAUGUCGGCGACGCAGCUGA